GGGUUCUGUGGUACUGAAUGUAAAAUGGAGUAGCAACGUAUGGUAAACGAAAACUGAAAAGAGAUUUGUUACUCUGGUAAAAUCUUCUCGAUAACUGAAUAGGGAGCGCAUUUUGUGCCCUAAUGGCCUAUUUCUCUUUUCUUCCUAUCAAUUUUCAGUAUUUUGAUUAUUAAACUGAGAAGAAUCUGCUCACGGACUCGAUCGAAGUAAUAUCAAGAAAGCGUUAUUCUUCCUAAACAAAGGGUGUUUCCAUCCCCCAUGGCUUAAUUCAAUGUGAAUUUUCCCGAAGAAACGAUAGAUGUGAAUUAAUGGUCCCUUGAGAUACCAAAUUUAAAUGAUUCCAGAGCAGGGACAGAAUUAAAAUGAACGACUGGUGUCAAAAUGAUAAUUUGUCAAGAAAAAUUUGUCAAAAUGGAGUGUCGUGUGAGCUGGCUGAAAUUUUAAUGAAUGGAACGGAUCGGAUUGAAAUGGAUAUGCAAUUAGACUAACAGAACGAUCUGUUAUGAAAAAGAAUCCUCAAUAUAUUGAUCCACUAGGAUGUAUGGCAUGGUAAUGGCCUCACCAAUCAAGUUCCUAAUGAGGCAUCGAAGGCGCAAUGGAGUUCUAAAAGAGUUUAGUCUUCCUCAUAUUAUGUUACCUGCCUGCACUACUGUUCAUGUAAAGAUUCAAAGCAUUGAAAUUUAAUAUGAAUAAGCUGCUGAGAACUGUUCGCAUAAACAAUAAUAGAGAUGAAGUCAUUAAAAAAUCUAUAGUAGAACAGCUUUCGAACAGUGUGAAAGAGCUACAAUAUAGUGGAAUUGAAGAGAAUCGUUCUCAACAUUGUAUCAAUCCUACCGAAGCAGCAAAUCAGCUUUGUACAAUAAUAGAAGCUCUUUUUCUACAUGGACUCAAAGACUCGCUGAAAUAUCGGUUCCAAAAAGUAAUAGCAGAUGUUGAUACCAGGCCUGAGCCUAAUUUCUGGGCUCCCCUUCUUGUUAUUUCGCACAAGGAAAUCAUCGAUCAGAUAAUGAAAUUAUCACAAAUUACCACUGAAACAGGCCAGUGUCGAGCUUGGAUAAGGCAAGCUCUUAAUGACUGCCUGUUGUCAUCAUAUCUUCUAACGAUGAGACGGGAAAGCUCAGCAUUGAAGAAUUUCUAUAGAAUUGGGGCAUUUAUUCGUGAUAGUGAUCUAUUAGAUGUUGCUCAAAAGUUGAUUGAAGGUUUUGAAGGUUUCAAAACUGUAACAUUACCUUGCAAUUCAAGUCUGUUGAAUACCUGGCCACCUUCUAGUCUUUAUUUGGCUGGAAUUUGGGCUCCAACUCUGAAAACAUGCCCUUUGGCUCCUUGUGAUGAUGUUGCUCAGUCAAUUGAGGUAGCAGCAAUGCACAAGGACAAUAUAUCAGAUUCCAACUCCCUGAGUUCUGCCAUGUCUGUCACAUCCCAGAGUUCAGGGUUUAGGCAAAUGAUGGCUUUCAAUGAGGAUGAAGUACUAAAAAUGAUCUUGACAAAAGAUCAAAGUAAGCCUUCCUCUAAUAAUAUAAGCCCAAAAGAAACGAGGACACCCCCAGUUAUUAACCAAGUCAGGCAAGAAAGUAUUACUGAAGAGAAAGUCCAAUGCAACUUUGGAAAUUCUCUGAAUAGAGGUACUGGGUGGUCAUUUGAUGAAAAUUUUGAUACAGAAGGAAUUGCUUCUGCUUCCAACGAAUCACCAGUGAAGGGUAUCGAAGAGCAAUCCUCAUUAGAGGAAAGUUUUAACGCUCUUGUUGAUAGUUAUAAUGUUAUUGGGGGAGAUUAUAUAAGAACUCCAAAUUUGAAAGACGUUUGGCAGAAAAUAGAUGAUAUGCAUAUCAAUGUGGUGCUAGAUGAGAAACCUGUAAAUAACAAUGAAAAUGGCCCUAAGGAAACUGUUCCAAAUGUGGCUACAUUGAAAAAUGAAUCCAAAGCAUUGGCUGUACAGUUGGGAGAAAUAUGCAAGGAAAAAGGAUUGGACAAACAGAAUUUUGAAUGUUUUGGGUGUAGAGCCCCAUUUAUAUCAGACCAGAAAAUAAACCUUUGUGCCUUUACUGGAGACUACUAUUGUGAUAGCUGUAUGAGUGAUAAAAGUAUUCCAAUCCCUGCUCGAAUUAUACACAACUGGGAUUUCAGUCCUUACCCAGUUUCCCAGAGAUCCUACAACUAUAUUAAUGAAAUCAAAGAAAAUCCUGUUAUUGAUUUCAAGGUUUUAAAUCCCUUCAUCUAUGGUGUAGUCAAAGAAAUGGCAGAACUACAAAACUUACGCAAUCAACUUAACUACCUACGAGCGUAUCUUUAUACUUGUCGAGAACCUAUCAUAGGAGAACUACAAAAACUGCUUUAUCCAAGAGAAUACAUGUAUGAGCAUGUCCAUAGUUAUUCAGUGAAUGACCUUUCAGAAAUAUCUAAUGGGUUAUUAGUUCAAUGUAUUCAGCAGGGCAUUGAUUUUGGAAAAGAGCAUGUUAACACGUGCUGGUUGUGUAGCCAAAAAGGUUUCAUUUGUGAGGUAUGCAAUAAACCCAAAACCAUAUUCCCAUUCGAUGUAGAAAAUGUUUAUAUUUGUAACUACUGUAAUGCUGUAUACCACAAACAUUGUCUCACAAAACAUAAACCCUGUCCAAAAUGUAGAAGAAAGAAGGAAAGAGAAGAUUUAUCAUCGUUGCUAUCUGCAACUCUCGAUUAAUUUCGAGAUAAUUUAAUUUUCAACCUUUCUUGUGUUGGUAUGAAUGUUAUUUAUUUGCAGUUUCACUAAUAAAUUCUUAAUAAAAGAAAUGUUUUUUGA